AUGGCAAUAUUGGCACACAAUGAGUCAAAGAUCGACACAAGGCGGCGCAACUUGGCGGGUUUCACCCUUUUUUUUCUAAUUGGAUUUAGCAACAUCAGGAAAGGAGGAAUUGGGAAUUACAUAGGUAUAUGCGUGAUAGUUGCUGCUUUUGGAGUUGCAGAUGCCCAUGUUGAGGGUGGAAUGGUUGGAGACUUAUCCUUCAUGUGCCCCGAGUUCAUCCAAUCGUACUUGGCUGGCUUAGCUGCAUCUGGGGCUCUUACCUCUGCUUUGAGGCUGAUCACAAAAGCAGCCUUUGAUAAAUCUCAUAAUGGCCUUAGAAAGGGAACUAUGUUAUUCCUGGCAAUAUCCACAUUCUUUGAGUUCAUCUGCAUUUUUCUGUAUGCAUUCUUCUUUCCUAAACUAUCAAUUGUGAAGUACUACCCGGUCAAAGGCAGCUUCAGAAGGAUCAAAAACUGUUUCAGCAGACCUUGCUGCUGCUGGCAUCCAAAUAGAAGCAAGCCAAGAAGCAACCUGUUUUCUAGAUUUGCAUAUAAUUAA